AAAUACAAACGAAGAAGAAAAGUAUUACGCGUUUGUUUUACAACCAGCCUGUUCGGUUUUUCUCCUUCAGACCAGUCCAAGAAAUUACUUUUGUGCUAUUUGUUAAAAUGGGAUGUGAUGGUGGAACUAUUCCUAAAAGGCAUGAGUUGGUAAAAGGCCCAAAGAAAGUUGAGAAGGUUGACAAAAAUGCAGAGCUUGCUGCCCGGUGGAAGUACUGUGCUCUCAGUACAGAGAAACUCCGGCGCCCUAUUGUUGCUUGUGAUCUUGGAAGACUCUAUAACAAAGAUGCUGUGAUUGAGUACCUUCUGGAUAAAUCUGCAGAUAGACCCAACAGCGAGGUUGCAUCACACCUUCGUGGCAUUAAGGAUAUAAAGGAGCUGAACCUGACUGACAACCCAGCCUGGGAGGGCGAGAGAAGGAACACCAAAGGGGACCGCUAUGAGGACAUGCACUGUGCCAUGUUCAUCUGUCCUGUGGUGGGCCUGGAGAUGAAUGGCAAACAUAGGUUCUGUUUCCUGCAGACCUGUGGCUGUGUGUUUUCAGACCGGGCCCUGAAAGAAGUCAAGACUGAGAUCUGCCACAAGCAGCGGCAGGGGAAAAAGCUUUUUCACAGGUGUUUCAGUCCAAGCCUUCAGUGUGUACUAAAAUAAGAUAUUGGAAUGUUCUGUAUGCAAACCUCUACCCUCUUAUUAUUGAAUCAGUUACUACCCUGUCUACACAUUUUCCUUUGUUACACAAAACCUGCUGUUAUAGUCAGUCAUCUGUAUUUUGACAGUAGAGAGAGUUUUCAAAUGGAGGGUGGUGCUGUUUGUGUCUUCUACUGUAGAUUAAUCAACCUUUAGGACGGCGUGUCCCUGCACAGUUGUCAGACAGGUACAUAGAGGUGGUGCUAACUGUGAACCAGUUAGCUGUUUGUGCUCACAUGUGAAUGAUUAACCUUCCGGUCUGCUGUUUUUGACUUGUUUGGUUACUUUGAGUUCCAUGGAGUUGGCCACAGGUCCAUUUCUGUUCUUAUGGCGUCAAUUGUUUGCCUUGAUAUGGAGAUACGAAUUUCCCUGGUUUGAAAUUUCGAAAUUAUACAGUAUGUGUGGUUUAGCAAAGGAAAGCAAAUAAAAUGUUGGAGCUACUGUAUCUGAUUGCCAUCUUUUACAUAGAAAAGUACCAUGGUGCCCCAUUCACCAUGCCUGCUGCACUGUGUUCUAACAUUUCUAUUGAUUACAUGUUCUAUUUAAGGUAAGAAUGUGAUA